ACACACACAAAAAAAGGUUGUUCUCGCAUCGAAUUCUGUUUUAGAUAAUUUGAUAAACACAUUCAUUCACUGCGAGUGUCAUACUUGAUUACUAGUUUAUGCAAAUUAAAUUGAAGAGGAUUGCAGCUAUUAUUAUUGAACAUUUCGUGUUGACACUGAAAAAGGGGUCUCAUAGUUUGAUUGAAGAAGCAAUAUGAGUUUUCUGUUCGGCAGUAGAAAGACUCCCGCUGAGCUUUUGAGGGAGAAUAAAAGGAUGCUGGACAAGUCCAUUAGAGACAUAGAAAGGGAAAGACAAGGCUUGCAAAAUCAAGAAAAAAAAUUGAUUGUUGAGAUUAAGAAGAACGCCAAACAAGGACAAAUGGGGGCAGUGAGAGUGAUGGCCAAGGAUCUUAUCAGAACUCGCCAUCAGAUUGAAAAGUUUUACAAGCUCAAAUCGCAGCUUCAGGGUGUUUCUCUGAGAAUUCAGACACUAAAAUCAACUCAAGCAAUGGGAGAGGCUAUGAAAGGAGUUACUAAAGCAAUGGGACAAAUGAAUAGGCAGAUGAACUUGCCUUCCUUACAGAGGAUAAUGCAAGAAUUUGAAAGGCAGAAUGAGAAGAUGGAACUGGUAUCUGAGGUGAUGGGAGAUGCAAUUGAUGAUGCUUUGGAAGGUGAUGAAGAAGAGGAAGAGACAGAAGAGCUCGUGAAUCAGGUUCUUGAUGAGAUUGGAAUUGAUAUCAACUCUGAGCUUUUGAAUGCACCUGCAUCAACGUCAGUCACUGCACCAGCAGCAAAUAACAGGGUUGCUCAAGCUGAAUCAACAGGCAAUGAAGACACUGGAAUAGAUGAUGAUCUACAGGCUAGGUUAGAUAACCUGAGAAAGAUGUAGUGUGUACGAGGGAAGAUGUUUCCAGAAGUACGAAAAUAAUUCUUGUACAUGAAAUUAAGCUGUGUUUUAGUCUCAUUUUAUUAUCAGGUCUGAAGCUAUCAUAUGUACGUAAAAGAGUAAUGCUAAAAAUAUUACAAAUUUAAUUUCUUAAAUACAUAUUAUCAACUUUCAAAAGUGUGGUUCUGGUCUACAUAAUUGAUUCCGCCUCUUACAACUAAUUAAAAGUUUGAGUUUGCUU